GUUUCUCAGCCGUCUGUUUUUGACGCAGCAGCGCAAUUAAAGUGCGCAGGCAGUGCAACGAUUAUCACGUUCGCAGGCCACUGAAAAGUGAUGUAAAUAACAUGUAAAAGCCUUAUCAUUGUAAACAAAGACUAUACAGUACUUACAAAAUCAAUAUUUUCCCCAAUAAUCGUGUCGUGAUUGUUUGUAAACCCAUAACACUCGUAUAGUGAAAACUACGACACAAGUGAUAUUGACUUAUAUAAAAUGAAUCCGUGAUACUCAACGAAACAAAGACAAUUGCAUAAAAAGACAUUCGUUUCGACGAGCAUAAUAAAUCGAGUGUCUUCUGUAUUGGAUGAACAGAAAGAGGGUGGCGGGUGCAAGGGAGCAGCGCGGGGCGCGGUGGGAGGCGGCGCGCGGCAGGUGACCGACGCUUCACGCGGCUCAUGUGGGCGGCGAGCGCGUGCUGCUCGCGCCAGGCAGGCGACGGCGGCGCGACCACGCGCGCGCCCGUCAAGACCUUCCAGGCGUACCUGCCGCCGGCGCAUCGCACCUACAGUUGCAUACACUGCCGCGCGCACCUCGCCAGCCAUGACGAGCUUAUAUCUAAGUCGUUUCAAGGCAGCCAGGGGCGUGCAUAUCUAUUCAAUUCUGUAGUGAACGUGGGGUGCGGUCCGGCGGAGGAGCGCGUGCUGCUGACGGGGCUGCACGCCGUCGCCGACAUCUACUGCGAGUGCUGCAAGACGAUGCUCGGCUGGAAAUAUGAACACGCGUUCGAAUCGAGUCAAAAAUACAAAGAGGGCAAGUUCAUAAUAGAGCUCGCCCACAUGGUGAAGGAGAACGGGUGGGACUAGCGCUAGGACUGUGCUCAGUGCCGUGCGCUCCGUCAAUUAGCCGACCCGCGCCUUUCCGCCGCCGACACAGAGAUUAUUUUUUUCAUACUGAUCAAUUAUUAUUGGGAUUCGUCGGCGGCGGAACGGCGCGCGGCUCCGGUCCCGUGCCUGUCAGUCUUUCGUUGUCUGUGGACGGUUCGACUGUCAACUGUCACCUGUCAGCUGUCAAAUGUCAAGGAGCGCGGGUAUUGUGUGCGCGCAACCGCCAGCCGCGGCUCCGGCGUUGAACAUUGGCAGGAAGGUGUAACGUUAGCGGCUUAAGCUUGAGCACCGCCAUUCGACGUAUACAUAAGUUAUCGAUCUCAACCGCCCAGCCUCGGGCAGUGGGCGUAGAAUUUAUACUAAUUUUUAGUUGUAGCGACGUUUUAUUUUCGCCGCGUGCGAAUAUCUUAAGUUGUAUUAGUUUACGCGUCAUUAUUAUAUUAUGUACUAUAUCGGAGAGAACGCUGAUACUUCUUGUCCCCUUUUUAACCUGUGAUAAGUAUGUUAGUGUAGAGUUUUUGAAUUUCUUGAACGAUCAUUUCAAGAGUUGCUCAGAGAUGUCAGAAGUAUGUUCCUAAUUUCAGCUGUACAAUAUUUGCUUUACUUUUUCGUUUUGAACUAGUCGAUGCGAUUCGAAAAUCGAUUCCAAUUUUAUUAUUUUGCGCUCCAUAAAGUGACUCUUAAGUUUUAGUUUAAUUGAUUUCGAAAACGUUCGUCGUUUCGCUUUAUUUUCCGUUUGGAAUUUGUAUUUACAAAGUUUAUUUUGAACAUGAAAGUCGGAAGAGGAGAGGUAUCGAUUUGAUCGAACAUUUUUAUAUAUACGAAGGGAACAGUUAGAAGUUUUAUUAUUCAUUUAUUGUUUCCAUUUAAAUGUAUAUGUAUUAGUAGAGACAUUUAACCCCAUAUAUUUUAUCUUAAAUCUGCAUGGUACUUCAUUUACGUAUACUAGUGAUGAUAUCUAUGUAAUAUUAUGCAAGAGCUUUUAUUAUGUAUCUUAAUGGUGACUGUCAAACGAAAUUGACGUAUCGAUACAGACAUUGAUCUGUUAUCUUGGAAAUGACUUGCAUAUUAAAACAAAAGUCGUAAUGUACUAGAAUGUCGGUAAUGAGUGAUGCCACGCUUGUCUAUGGUUGGGCAAAUACUGGGAAGCUUUCCAAUUUACUGAUGAAUACAACGAAAAGAUUGAAAAGUUCCAUAAAUAAUAUAAAUACCUGUUACUACGUCGGUUGAAAGUUGAAACUAGAAGCGAUUUUUUACCUUAUGGGAUUUUUCUAAUCGACAAGAUUGCAUUAAAAUAUUAACGGCAAUUAUUUCGAUGUAUUGCUGAUUAACUGUACGAAUUCGCACGACGCUGUUACAAGUCAGUUAAAACUGUGACAACGCGAAUACAAUACUGGCGUCCAAUAAUUAUGAAAUGAUACACUUUAAUCCAGCUAUGCUUACUGACCAUUUACUAUAAACAAACUACCUAUUAUAUAAAUAAACUCAUCAACAGUUGCUUAAACACUAUCACGAAGUACAAAUGCAUAGCGGGGGUUUAAAGUGAUCUCAUGAAGUGAAGUUAUAUCGAUAUAUCUUAAAAUUUUAAUUUCUUAUAACGUUCUAGAACAUUUCGUUUUCAUUAUUGUUCGUUACAUAUUUAGUACCUAACUACUUGAGUUAAAAAUCUACAAAAAAACUCGAAUAUUUAGUUUACAAAUAAUUACUUUCAGAAAACUUCUAUAAACGAAUUUUCAUAUUUUACAUUGAAUUAAAUAGUUAAGCUAUAUCGAUGUAACACUAUGUAAUGGGUAGGAUACCCGUCGCCGUACUAUCAGAGCGUUAAUAACUGCCACUAGAAUACGUUUUAAUAUACAUAACUAAUAUAAUAAUAAAUAAAAAUUAAAUGGACGUAAGUGACGCUCGUUUGACAUUAACAUUUAUUUUUACAGUAAUUAAAUUAUUAGUUAGUGUCUCAGAUUUGUUUAAUGUUACACGUCGUUUAGAUCUCUCAUGUAAGGCGUAUUUGUGAUAUGUAAAAUAAACUUUUAACGUUCAGUUAAAUGUAAAGUGUAAAAAUGUACAAAUUCAAUAGUACCUAAUUUAAAAGUCGGAUUCGAAAAACAUUUAUCCACAGAUUACUCAAAUGUAUGUAUAUAUUUUCAUAUCCAGAUGCUCUAUGUUUGUAUUCAAAAUUGUAAACGUUUUAUUAUGGGGGCCUAAU